CCAUGCCGGGGGACCACCGCCGCAUCCGCGGGCCCGAGGAGUCGCAGCCACCGCAGCUGUACGCGGCCGACGAGGACGAGGCGCCUGCUGCCCGCGAUCCGACGCGUUUGCGGCCCGUGUACGCGCGCGCGGGGCUGCUGAGCCAGGCUAAGGGCUCGGCCUACCUGGAGGCGGGCGGCACCAAGGUGCUGUGCUCCGUGUCGGGCCCCCGUCAGGCCGAGAGUAGCGAGCGCGGCGGCGGUCCAGCCGGGGCGGGCGGCGAAGCCCCGGCCGCACUGCGCGGGCGCCUGCUCUGCGACUUCCGCCGCGCGCCCUUCGCGGGCCGCCGGCGCCGCGCACCUCCCGGGGGCGGCGAGGAGCGCGAACUGGCGCUGGCGCUGCAAGAGGCGCUUGAGCCAGCCGUGCGCCUGGGCCGCUACCCGCGCGCGCAGCUCGAGGUGUCGGCGCUGCUGCUCGAGGACGGUGGCUCGGCGCUGGCUGCCGCACUCACGGCCGCCGCGCUCGCGCUGGCCGACGCCGGCGUCGAGAUGUACGACCUGGUGGUGGGUUGUGCCCUGAGCCGCGCUCCGGGCCCCGCGCCCGCCUGGCUCCUGGACCCCACGCGGCUCGAGGAGGAGCGUGCCGCCGCCGGCCUCACUGUGGCUCUCAUGCCGGUGCUCAACCAGGUGGCCGGGCUGCUGGGCAGCGGGGAGGGCUGUCCAACUGAGAGCUGGGCCGAGGCUGUGCGCCUGGGCCUCGAGGGCUGCCAGCGCCUCUACCCCGUGCUGCAGCAGUGCCUGGUGCGGGCCGCCCGCCGGAGGGACGCAGCCACCUUGUCCUGAGCCAGAAGGCUGAGCAAAGACGACUCCGAAGACCGCCGCCAUCCCGGAAAGGACCCUUGCCUGCGGUCUCCACAUUGCGCCCAGCUGGGAAAUGGAGAUCAUCAGAGAGAAGGGGAGUGGGGCACAGUUUGGCAACAGCCGCCUCCUCGCCACACAGAACUGAUGCCCUAGACAGCUGUUUCAAAAAACCUGUCCAGAAGAGAAACUUUUCUGCUUGAGCUGGCUCCCAGGUCCAGCCCAGUUGAAGAAACCUGUGAAUUCAGCCUGACUCCAAAUUGGAAAGGACUUGAGCUGGAUUGAUCUGUAAAACGAGACCUAGAGCUGUUAUCUUGUAAGGAUGGACUCUCUAUAAUUGGGCUGCUUUUGAAAGGAUGGACAUAUGAACUAAAAACAAAAACUUUUUAUAUCUGA